AUGCAUGCAUGCAUCUCUACAUAUACAUAUACACAUAUACACGCACUCACACAAUUUGCACAGCUCGGUCCAGGAGACUCAAGCAGCCUGGUCACUGCCGUGCACUGGACGGAUGCGCGGAAAAGAACUGUUGCUUCGAUCGACACGGCAGCGGUUUCACCUGCGCAGACUCGCGAAGUGGAUGCUCCGAGAGCCGCGGUGAUCGCAUCGUUCCGUCAGUCUUGGAAGUUCCUGAAUCGCCUGCAAUUGGCACUUUAUGCUCGAAGGGUCUCAAGGACUGAGGAUCAGCCCCGUGAUCUUGCACACUUGGAGCUACCGCGAACUCCAGCUGAGAGGAUGGUGUCCCGGGCCCUUCUUGUAGCUCUCCUGCUGCCAGUCUGCUCUGCUAUCACUUGGGUGAAGAGUGCUGCUGGGGCAAGCUGCGAUCAGGCUUGUGCUGCCCGCUCUGGGUGCAACGACGACGCGUGGCCGUCUUCCGAGGAGGAGUUCCAUGACGCAGCAAAGCUUGCAGGUCAAGUCUGCGAGGGCACGCAGACUGGAGGGGCCAAGUAUGAUCCCAGCACGGAUGGCCGUUACUGCGGCUGGCAGGGGCCAGAACACAUGAACGGAGAGAGCAGGUGCUCCCAAUCUGGUGACUCCGGCACAUACCGCUUCUGUCCGUGCAAUGCAGAUAAGGAGCUUUAG